AUGUUCAGCACUAGAGACGAUGAUGCAAGCACAGAUGAUGUGGAGGCCGAGUUUCCCAGGUGUUCGCUGCCAGAAUUAUAUGCACAGGCUGAGAAUGCUAAUAAGGAGAGCAAAAAAUCAAAUCGCCUAAAAACUCUUGGUCUUUCGCCAACUGAAGCACGGAGAAUACUUACUCAAAUCCUGACUAUCACUGGCAGAACGGAUUUGGGAGAAGAUUCCCAACCUGCUCUCAAGGACGAGGAGGUUAGAAGAAAGGAAGAGAAGCCACCAUCGCUGACUGACCUCCUUCACCGCAGCUUACUGACCGGCUCGCCUUCUCAUAUAAGCAGGCUGGGGGAAUCCAAGCAGAGACUUGCUCAGUAUGGGAUCCCUCCUCCCAUGCACACUUUUCCCUCUGAGGUUAUCCUCACUGACACCAACCUUUCAGGCACCGCACAAAAGAGGCUUGCGAGUACCGGGAAAGUACCCAAAAUAAGCAUUUCCAAAGUGAAGACAGACAGGUUUUUAUUUGAAGAUAGAAUUACUGAAUACUCAAUCAUAGAACCAGAAAAACAAUUCUUGGACCUGAGGGAUCUGGAGUGGAAAUAUUACAAGGGGAUCACAAAGUGGAAGCACAAAACUUCAGAUGCAUUUACAAAAAUACAGUAUAACAGUGAGAAGAGGUUUGUAGAGAACAAGGAGACACCUACUAUUGUUUUCCCCUCACUAGUUCGUAGGUCUUUGGUCAUUUAUCCUAAAGUUAAUUUCCCACCAAAUUUAACCUUGUAA